CAUUGCCCUCCAAUUAAUGUUGGUUAUCCCGUCCCACAACUUGACUGUCUUAGCUGGCGCCUCGCCGUGGAGACGAACAACCUCCAAAACUGGAAAUUGGUGCCUAAAGAGUGUGAAAACUAUGUAGGUCACUACAUGUUAGGCAAAUUACAAUAUCGACGUGACUGUGAGUAUGUUGCCAAGCAGGCUAUUGAAUAUGCCAAAGGCCUCAAACUAAAUAGAGAUGGAAAGGACGUUUGGGUCUUUGAUGUUGAUGACACUACUCUCUCAAAUCUUCCUUACUAUGCUCGAUCUGAUGUUCGUUUUGGGACUAUAGCGUUGAACGAUACAAAGUUUAUUGAGUGGCUUGCUGAGGGAAAAUUGCCCGUCAUUCCUUCGAUACUGGGUGUAUACAAGACCUUGUUAUCUCUUGGGAUCAAGCCCGUUAUAAUUACAGGGGCUCCAGAGAAUUUUAGACAAUCAAGGAUUGCUAAUCUCAAGAAAGCUGGUUAUAGUAACUGGCUAAAGCUCGUACUAAGGGGUGGAAAUAAUUCAAAAUCAGCAGUAGAGUAUAAAUCGAGCAAGAGAAUGGAGUUGGUAAAAGCUGGAUAUAGAAUUGUUGGUAAUAUUGGAGAUCAAUGGACUGAUUUAAUCGGAGAAAUCGUUGGAGCUCGUACUUUCAAAGUCCCUAACCCUAUGUACUACGUUGGUUAAUACUAAGAAAUUUUAAUU